GACGUUGAAAGUUUUAUUUUCCACCAUUCGAAAAAACGACCGUCAGAAACAGGGAAAUUUUGAUCCGAAAAUAAGGUAUUUUACACCGGAAAAAUCUUCAUCUCUACUAGAUACGCUUCAGCAUAAGUUAACUGUGCACUGCUUGAGCAUCGAAAGUGACUCCUAAUCGAUCCAGUAUGGUGUGAAAAAGUGUCGAAAACUACGGCAGUCAAUCGCCCCUCGGAAGCGAUACUGCGAAGGAAUCCCUUUUGCAAGUUUUUCCGUUUUUCACCUUCCGCCAUCACCCUUCUUUCCCAUCCCGUCGUCUCGCUCUUGCCUAAGCUCCGAACCUCGAAGAGGGGUUCUUUCUUCCUCGGAAAAUCUCGCUCGCAGUGGGGCAGAGUCCUGCCCGACCUACCAGUCAGCAUACAGUUUGCUCGGGAUAGGAGGAAAAACCAUCGUCGCGGGAAGGAAAACGAGCAGGCAGAAAUGAUUUUUCGGAUUUUCCCUGUGCUCAGCAUAAAAUUGUGAAAAAUCUGGUAGUGCAGACAUGGGAACUUUCGAGUGUCACAAAGAAAGAAGUAGAGCAACGUUGACGAGUUCGUAAUGGUGGAAAAUUUCGAGUCGGUUGUCGUGAAUGAUGGCAAAAAGGAUUAUUGCGUGAGGAGGACAACGUAAUGUUAAGUUAACAACAGUAGAAGCAAUGUCAAAGAAAAUUCUGUAGAUGCAUUAUUCGCUAACGAGAACGAGCAGUGGGGGUAAAGGUGAAAUAAAUGGCAAGUGAGAACAGUGAAAAUUACUUGCUAGUGAGAGGCAGGGGAUCUAAUAAUUAUCAAAAUAUUUUUUUCGCCACCAAUCGAUAUUUCUAAUCUUCGUCGACAUUGUUAUUGUUGUUGCUGUUUUGGGCAGCGUAGUUCUUCGUCGUGGAACUCAAAUAGAAAGUGUAAGUGCCAGCAGAGGAUAUCCGUGUGAAACACAGAAGAAUAUGUGGGCGUUUAAUGUGAGGCAGCGAGUUUCGUUUCUCUAGACAAUAAGGAUAUGUCUUCUAUGGGGGACUGCUCGGAAUAUAGCAAUCCUCACCACCAUCCGCAACAGCAGUCACACCAUCGACAUGGACACAGUCAGCAACAAACACAACAACAGCAGCAACAAACUCAACAGCAACAUCAUCAUCAACCGCAACAUCACCAGGCCAAGUUAUCAGCUGCGUUAUCAUCCAGCGCACUUUCACAUCACCAGGCCUCGGGACAGAUUCUACCAUCGACCGGGCCUCCAAGUUCUAAUACCACACUUACCCGGGGUAGUCGCCGAUCCUCCUAUGGACCAAGUCACUAUCAGCAACAGCUGGUGCAGCAGACCGUAAAUUUCCAUGAUGGGUUGAACUUGGGAGAUAACAUUUCUGUGGGCAGCGGUAGUAUUAUUAGCAACCAUUCCGGGCAACGUUACAUGCCUGACCUCCAGUACGGUACGCUCGGUAACCGGAUUAUCCACCAUAACGAGCGAUAUGUCAUUGACGACAGCAGCUGUUUGCAACCGCCCUCGCCGGCCCCUAGCAACGAUCACUAUGUCAUGGGAAUGCCAUCGCCCUCGCCAACCACGGUGCAUCACUAUCCGGAACGGCAUUUUACGCUUCAGGCCAGGACAAUGAGCCCAUCCAAAAAUAGAUAUCGACACAGCUUGACUGAGAAUUAUCGAGACAUGUCACCGCAAUGUGAUCGGUACAUUCCUCCACCUGCCCAUUUCCUGAACACUACAAAUCCUCUCGCAGCUGCCGACAGUUAUGGAUAUCUAAAUUCCAACGUUCACACCCCGGUCAAACGCUACGUGCCGACUCCUCCACCUCAAGAACCAACAUACCAGCCCCAAACCCAACUGAUGACAGCACUGCUUACCCAAACGGCCGUCAACGCUUCGCAAAACAGAAACAAUCAUCUCACCAGUACCUUGCCGUACCGUUUCCGAGUGAAAUCGUGUCCCAACGAACAAACCAUUUCACCACCCCAGGGCUUCGAUACAUCCGAUCACUAUGCCACACCACCACGUGUUCGUCCCCUAAAAUGUCCGUCUUCCCUAACACCCAGCUGCUCUGCGUCUGGUUCCACACUGUCCUCCCAAGCUGUGAACUCAGGACGCCAAUCCCGCCAGAGUACAGAAUAUUUGAUCGCACGUACCCCAAGUGCUGACUUUCUAGAUCAAACAUCGUGUCGAGUUGCCACUCCAGUUAGUGUAAUGAGCGAACCAAAUGGCAGUGCAUCAUGCUUACAUUGCAACACUCUACGUCGAGCCACUGGCGUUCAUCAGACUACCCAAACCAGUGGUCCCAUAAGCCCCCAGCCCCUAUCCAUUUCAUCCGCCACAGAAUCAACAGGUCGUCAAUCACCGAUUAGUCCAGCUUCCGUAUCGUCACCCAUCACUACAGCUCAAUCAUCGAAUAGUCUACUUCAAUCGCAGCACAAUCAUCAUCAACCCCAAUCUCAGCAACAGCAUCACCAAAUGCAGCAAGUUGCAUCCAACAUUAUGACCACAACACAAUCACAACCCCAGAUAUCCUUGGAAAACUACAGUAGCAUGGAGCACCGAGAUAUUUCAACUAUUCCCCGAUAUCACACAAAGCAGCAACAACAAUCGCUGUCUCAACAACCGUCAGCACACUCAUCAGAACAAAGCAUCAUGACCAACAGCAACAGCCGUUCGAUAUUGAUUCAGUAUCAGCAGCAGAAUAUUAUAUCACAACCACCACAGCAACAAAUGCAACCACCGCCAGCAGUACAAUCCGUACCACCGCAGCAAAUGAUCCCACAACAGUCACCUCAAGUACAGCAACAACCAUCGCAGCCAUCGCAACCACAGCCAAUACCAGCACCAGUUGCACCGGCGCCACUUCCUGGGCCAUCCAUGCAGCCCCAUUCACCUCCUAUGAGCGAUUCCCCAGCAUCCACACUACAGCGUAACGCUCAACAACAGAUUUUACGUCCAAUCGGACCAAACAUGUCUCGCAAGCAGCGUAUCAAGGAGUACAUGAAACACGAAACAGCCAAAUUCUUUGGCGUGGAUAAUCUGAAUGAGGAAUACGAACGGCACAAAUGGGACGACCGCCAGAAGCGUUUUGCUAUUCGUCGCUUCGGUCAGCUGAAGGACGAAUACGAUUUUUCAUAUCGCAAUAACAACGCCAAUCAAAAUGUUGCUGAAGAGCACGCACCUCCGGUAGAUAGACCUGACGUGCUACCCGCCCAAAGUCAAGAUGAGCGGGAUACUGAGCAAAACCGUCGACAACGCGCAAAUCCACAAUACACUUACGAUAACGGGGCCGAUAAUUUCGUGGUGAAAGCUGAACGAAAGCCUUCGGUACCGACGGUGAUCUGGUGUGGCAUUUCUUUUCUGAUUCAAAGCAUCACUAGAAAACGCAUGCGAAGGCAAAAGCAAUGGUCUCGAAGUUUUGCUCCAGCACACGUCGAGCUAACCAAUGAGGACAACGAACACUGCGACGGUCUCCAGCCCAUCCAGGACGAGGAGGCUUUUUUUGAUACACCGGCUCCAAGUGCCGGCCCGCAACCAAAUCCCGGUCAAAUCGUGGAUAAUUCACGCCAACUUUUUGUAUCAGACGGCGACCGUGGAUUGGGCGGAGCGACCGGUAGUGGUAUUAUCAACGGCUGGCGAACACGAUCCUCUGAACUGCAGCUGCAAGCUCGGGAAGGUGCAACCGGAGCACUUGGUCAACGAAUCUCUUCGCACAUUUUGGAUGGUGUGCUCGACAACUCGAUGAGACCAAUAGGAAAUAAAGUUAAGUUACUGAGGCCAGAUUUGCUGGACGACCGCUACGAUUAUAGGCCAUUCUUUACGUACUGGAUCAAUACGGUUCAAAUUCUGGUGCUGAUUAUGUCGCUCAUCUGCUACGGGUUUGGGCCGGUCGGAUGGGGGAUGGAAGACAAGACGGCUCAAGUGCUCGUCACCAGUUUGAACUUACAAGAGGUUCAUCAUAGGGAAUCUCGCAAUGUGUGGAUAGGUUUGAGAAAUACGGAUAUUGUACAUUUAGGAGCUAAGUAUGGAGCAUGUAUGAGGAGAGACUCAAGGAUAUCAGAUGUUAUAGCAAAAACCAGGAAACACGAAAGAGAAACGGCUUGUUGUAUCCGAAAUGACGAUUCAGGCUGUGUUCAAAGCUCUCAGGCGGAUUGUUCGAUGCGUGGACUGUGGCCUACGAAAACGAUUGCCACAUGGAAAAAGUGGUCUCCUGGCGAUUCCGGCCCAGGUGGUCGCAUUUCCGGUAGCGUGUGUGGCCUCGAUCCGAAGUACUGUGACGCUCCAGCGUCGAUUGCGCCACAUGAAUGGCCAGAUGACAUCACCAAAUGGCCCAUCUGUCGCAAGAAUAAUCAAUUGUCGCAACGAUUCCGCUUCAAGGAUCACACAGCCGAGCACAUGGUAUGCGAAGUGAUUGGUCACCCGUGCUGUAUCGGCGUCUACGGUGAAUGCCGCAUCACAACUAGGGAGUAUUGCGAUUUUGUCUCUGGAUAUUUCCAUGAGGAGGCCUCGCUUUGUUCACAGGUAUCCUGUCUGAACGACGUAUGCGGGAUGUUUCCGUUCAUCGCCAGUGAAUAUCCAGAUCAGUUUUAUCGCCUCUUCACGUCGCUUUGUCUACACGCAGGCAUCAUACAUCUAGCAAUCACCGUUGCCUUUCAGCAUUUGCUGAUGUCGGAUCUAGAGCGGCUCAUUGGACCACUGCGGAUGGCGAUUCUCUACAUCGGUUCAGGAAUCGCGGGAAACCUAACCAGUGCAAUAUUUGUGCCGUAUAAAGCUGAGGUUGGUCCACUGCCAUCGUUAGCUGGUGUACUGUCGUCGCUGAUGAUACAGCUCAUACUGUGUCACUGGAAGAGCUUGAAGAAACCGCACGUAGCUAUGAUCAAAUUACUAGUUAUCGGAUGUAUAUUGUUUGGAUUCGGGACACUGCCAUGGCAGGCGAAUUUCACCGGCCUGAUAGCUGGUUUAAUCUUUGGCAUCGGGAUAACGCUGACUUUCGUACCGUUCGUGAACGUGGCGAAGCAUAGUAGGAAAAGCAAGGUUAACCUUAUUUGGACAUGCGUGAUCCUCCAGCUGAUAAUCUACGCCGUAAUGUUCAUAAUCUUCUACGUCUUUCCCUUGCUAUUUUCCUCGUUCAACUUUAUUGACGGAAAUCAAUUGACGGGUCAUGGGUCCGCCCAUGGCUAUCACGACCACUACAAUCUGUACGAAAGCUUUCCUAACUACAAUGGUAAUGGCCACGGCCAUAAUCACGGUAGUGGUGGCGGAAUUAUUAACAAUGGUAAUCCGUACGUCACGACGUACGAUUCAAACAACAAAUACAAAACACUACCGGGCCACAAUGGUGGUAUCUUGCACAAUCAUCACGAGUACAGUGGAGGUGGUGGGGUAGGAGGAAGUGGUGGUAUCAGCAUGUCCGGCGGUAUCAAUAGGAUUAGCAGUAGCAACAAUAAUAAAAAUAAUAAUUUGAUGAAAGGAACCUUGUGCGAGAAAGGACAAUGUGUCCAACGUCAGCCACGUAGCGCUGACACGAAUGCAUGACGUCGAUGUUUCCUCCUGUUUACGUCAUUGGAGUUACUUUUCGUCUUGUUUGUUCUGCUGGCUCUGUACGAUGUCGAUGAUUUCCAGGUCAUUUAUCAGUUCAUCAUGUGAUACAAUCCACGAAGUAGAAACAAACUAUUCAAAUUUUAUAUCUAACUUUCCAAACGCAAUGUGAUCUUAAACCGUAUCUUAGUUGAGAGUACUUAGUUCAAAUAUGGCGUGUAGAAUUCGUACGUACACCUUAAAUAAAGAAGAAUAACGAAGCGUUACAUUAUAUUAUAUCACCCGGUUAUGCUUAAGUUUCCUAAGUCUCGGUCUUUUUCCCUAACUUUACACAAUUUUCUAAUACUUAUAGUAAAUAUUAACAUAUACAAAACACACAAAAACAAAAGUUUAAAACAAGUGAAAAGACAUGCGAUUGAGACGAAUGUGAAUAAACGAAACCAAUUCUUAGAAUUGCCCUCAGUUAGUUCGAAUAGCUAUCCUUCUAAUAUGAUAUUAAUUGAACAUUAUGGUAUGAAUUUCAAACAGAAAAAAAACAAGAAAGCAAACGAAGAAAACAAGUAAAAUAAAUUUUUGAUUUAUAAACUAACACAAAGGAAGCAAAAAAGUAACAGUAAACAAAAAUCAAGGAAGAAGUGUACGCAAAUUCUAAUAAAACCUCUAUUUCAAUUUA